ACUACUCAACCGCAACAGUAGAUACACUCUUGAGAAAGGGCGUGAAAAGACGGUGGGCGUGAAGUGUGUGACGCCUCGCAAAUAUGUGCAGUCUAUUCUUUCCGUUUAACGGCCGGAGGAACUCACUCAGCCGUCACUAGCUCGGCGGAGCAACACCUUCCCUGCACCCUGCUUGCCUAGGGUCCAGAACUAACUUCCCGCAAUUAGAACAUUCUCACCUCUCCAAAGCCCAAGCCUUUUUCAUCAAUUUAUCUGCUUUAACUAAAAUCUUGCCUUAAACCUCCUUGUUUCCAGUCACUGUAAAUUUCACAGGUCCAGAACUCCGGUUUCAAACCGGAAACCCUCGUCGGUAAUCUGAACUGUAUUUCCGGAUUUCUGCACCUUUGACGAACAUAGGGUCUAUUCACCAUGAGUCCCAUCCAAAACUUCGAACAGCACUCUCGCAAUCUCAUCGAACCAGACCUACCAAUUCAGACCAGGCUGCAAAUGGUAUCUGAGGUGCGGGACAGUUUAGAAAUAACGCAUACAGGGGAGUAUCUGAACUUUCUCAAAUGCUACUUUCGUCCAUUUUCUGUGAUUAUGUAUCACAUGACUAAGCCACAAAUAAUGGAUAAUCCCGAGCAUAAGCUGAGGAACAUUGUGGUUGAGAUACUCAAUCGUCUGCCUCACAGUGAGGUGCUCAGGCCAUUUGUUCAGGAACUGCUAAAGGUGGCAAUGCAUGUUCUUACGACAGAUAAUGAGGAGAAUGGUCUAAUAUGCAUCCGAAUAAUCUUUGACUUGCUUCGGAACUUUAGGCCUACUCUAGAGACAGAAGUUCAGCCCUUUUUGGAUUUUGUAUGUAAAAUCUACCAGAACUUUAGGGCUACAGUUAGUUAUUUCUUUGAGAGUGGAGCAUUGGCAGCCCCUCCACCACUGCCACCAUCCAGUUCAGCAUCUACAUUGAGUGACGGGGAUGCAAAACCAAUGGAGAUAUCCGAUCAAGUAGGUCCCAUGAGUGGUAACAUUGGCACCGGGCAGCUUAAUCCCAGUGUUCGGUCAUUUAAGAUUGUCACAGAGAGUCCAUUGGUGGUAAUGUUUAUUUUUCAGCUGUAUAGCAGACUGAUACAGACAAAUAUUCCUCAUUUGUUGCCAUUGAUGGUUUCUGCUAUAUCAGUCCCUGGUCCUGAGAAAGUUCCACCUCACUUGAAAAACCACUUUAUUGAACUGAAGGGUGCACAAGUUAAGACUGUUUCUUUCUUGACUUACUUGUUGAAGAGUUGUGCUGAUUAUAUUAAGCCUCAUGAAGAAAAUAUAUGUAAGAGCAUUGUGAAUUUGCUCGUCACAUGCUCCGAUUCAGUUUCUAUUCGCAAGGAAUUAUUGGUGGCCUUGAAACAUGUUCUUAACACGGAUUCCAAGAGGGGACUAUUUCCUCUGAUUGACACACUUCUGGAAGAGAGGGUGCUUCUUGGGAAUGGACGGGCAUGCUUUGAGUCAUUGAGGCCUCUGGCCUAUAGUCUACUGGCAGAAAUUGUUCACCAUGUCAGGGCAGAUCUUUCUCUCUCCCAGUUGUCUCGGAUUAUUUACCUAUUUUCAAGCAACAUGCAUGAUGCAUCAUUGGCAUUGGGCAUCCAUACUACUUGUGCUCGCCUAAUGUUAAAUUUGGUGGAGCCAAUUUUUGAGAAAGGUCUUGACCAGUCAACCAUGGAUGAAGCUCGUGUUUUGUUGGGACGCAUAUUGGAUGCUUUUGUUGGAAAGUUCAACACAUUCAAGAGAACUAUUCCUCAGUUACUUGAAGAAGGAGAGGAUGGAAAAAGUCAUUCAACUUUGAGGUCAAAACUUGAGCUUCCAGUGCAGGCAGUACUUAAUUUGCAACUUCCCGUGGAACAUUCCAAGGAAGUCAGUGAUUGCAAACAUCUAAUCAAAACCUUGGUUAUGGGGAUGAAGACGAUAAUUUGGAGUAUUACUCAUGCACAUUUGCCCCGCUCCCAGGUUUCCCCUUCAACACAUGGGGCUCCUCCUGUGCUUGCUUCAUCAUCUUCCAGUUCAUCAAUACCCCAACCGUUCAAAGGAAUGAGAGAGGAUGAGGUUUGGAAAGCCUCCGGUGUUCUUAAAAGUGGUGUGCAUUGCUUGGCAUUAUUCAAGGAGAAGGAUGAAGAGAGAGAAAUGAUCCAGCUUUUUUCCCAGAUUUUGGCCAUUAUGGAGCCACGAGAUCUAAUGGACAUGUUUUCCUUGUGCAUGCCAGAACUCUUUGAGUGCAUGAUUUCAAACACUCAACUAGUUCAUAUCUUUUCAACGCUUCUGCAAGCCCCUAAAGUGUUCAAGCCAUUUGCUGAUGUUCUGGUUAAUUUUCUUGUAAGCAGCAAACUAGAUGUCUUGAAGCAUCCAGAUUCACCUUCCGCGAAACUUGUGUUGCAUCUUUUCAGAUUUUUAUUUGGUGCCGUGGCAAAGGCUCCUUCUGACUGUGAGCGUAUUCUACAACAUCAUAUACCUGUUAUAAUGGAAACUUGUAUGAAAAAUGCAACUGAGGUUGAGAAACCAGUUGGCUAUCUGCAGCUUCUUCGUACAAUGUUUCGUGCUCUUGCUGGUGGAAAAUUUGAGGGAUUAUUACGAGAAUUGAUUGCUAUGUUGCAACCCUGCUUGGCUAUGUUGUUAUCCAUGCUUGAGGGACCUAGUGGUGAAGACAUGCGGGAGCUUCUGUUAGAGCUUUGCUUAACACUGCCUGCACGCUUAAGUUCAUUGCUACCACACCUUUCUCGUCUAAUGAAACCUCUUGUCAUGUGUCUCAAAGGAAAUGAUGAACUAGUGAGUCUUGGUUUAAGAACACUUGAGUUUUGGAUUGAUAGCCUAAAUCCUGAUUUUUUGGAACCGAGUAUGGCAAAUGUUAUGUCUGAGGUGAUUUUAGCAUUAUGGUCUCAGUUGAGACCCGCACCUUAUCCUUGGGGUGGGAAAUCAUUGCAGCUCCUUGGAAAGCUAGGUGGCCGUAAUAGACGUUUUCUCAAAGAGCCUCUUGCUCUUGAAUGCAAGGAAAAUCCAGAGCAUGGGCUUCGCGUGAUUCUUACAUUUGAGCCUUCAACCCCAUUUCUAGUACCACUUGAUCGCUGUAUAAACCUUGCUGUAGCAGCUCUGAUGCAUCAUAAAAAUGUUGGCUUGGAUGCUUUCUACCGAAAACAAGCACUAAAAUUCUUACGUGCAUGCCUUUCAUCUCAACUUAAUUUGCCAGGUAUUGCUAACGAUGAGGGUUCAACUUCCAGGCUGCUGUCAGCUGUGUUAGUUUCCACAGUUGACCCAUCUUGGAGAAGAUCCGAGAUGUGUGAUGUAAAGGCGGACUUGGGUGUCAAGACAAAGACACAGCUUCUUGCUGAGAAAUCUGUUUUCAAGAUUCUUUUGACAACCAUAAUAGCUGCAAGUGCCGAUCCUGAUUUAUACGAUCCCAAGGAUGAAUAUGUUGUCGGUGUUUGUCGCCAUUUUGCAAUAUUGUUCCACAUAGAGAGUUUUGCUGCCUACGGUUCAGUUUCAGCUGCUCCACUUAGUAUGUCUGUACUUUCAUCCACCCCCAGCACCAUUGCCAAGUUUAGAUAUGGCCUUUCUUCCAAUCUGAAAGAGUUGGACCCCCUGAUCUUUCUUGAUGCUUUAUUGGAGGUUCUAGCAGACGAAAAUAGACAGCAUACUACGGCUGCAUUGAAUGCACUGAAUGUUUUUGCAGAAACACUUCUAUUCCUUGCUCGGUCAAAAUAUGCUGACACACACAUGCCAACAGGUGGUCCAAGUACUCCUAUGGUUGUCUCUAGCCCAUCAAUGAGUCCUGUAUACUCACCACCUCCUAGUGUUCGUGUGCCUGUAUUUGAGCAGCUUUUACCCCGAUUGCUGCAUUGUUGCUAUGGUUACACUUGGCAAGCACAAAUGGGAGGAGUCAUGGGGCUUGGUGCUUUGGUUGGGAAGGUCACUGUUGAAACACUGUGCCUUUUCCAAGUUAGAAUUGUUAGAGGACUGGUUUACGUUCUAAAGAGGAUUCCUAGUCAUGCUGCUAAAGAGCAAGAAGAGACAAGCCAAGUGCUUACACAUGUUCUCCGCAUGGUGAAUAAUGUUGAUGAAGCCAACAAUGAAGCACAUAGGCAGAGUUUUCAAGGCGUGGUUGAAUACUUGGCAUCAGAGUUGUUCAACCCCAACGUGUCUAUCAACGUGAGGAAGAUUGUACAGUCUUGUUUGGGACUUUUGGCUAGUAGGACUGGUAGUGAGGUUUCAGAAUUGCUUGAACCAAUGUACCAACCUUUGCUUCAGCCUCUUAUAAUGCGCCCGCUGCGAUCAAAGACUGUUGAACAACAGGUUGGGACGGUCACUGCUCUUAACUUCUGCCUCGCUUUAAGACCCCCUCUUCUAAAGCUGACUCAGGAGCUAGUCAAUUUCUUGCAAGAAGCUCUUCAAAUAGCAGAGGCUGAUGAAACUGUGUGGGCAAUGAAAUAUAUGAACCCUAAGGUGGCCACCUUACUAAACAAACUUCGCACAGCAUGCAUUGAAUUACUAUGCACUGCCAUGGCAUGGGCAGAUUUCAAAACUCAAAAUCAUGCUGAAUUACGUUCCAAAAUAAUAUCGAUGUUUUUCAAGUCUCUUACAAGCAAAAACUCAGAAAUUGUAGCUGUUGCAAAGGAAGGCUUACGACAGGUUAUACUACAACAAAGGAUGCCCAAGGAGCUAUUGCAGAGUAGUCUUCGACCAAUAUUAGUUAACUUAGCACAUACAAAGAAUCUUAGCAUGCCACUUUUGCAAGGUCUAGCUCGCCUCCUAGAGCUCCUCUCCAAUUGGUUUAAUGUAACCUUAGGAGGAAAGCUGUUAGAGCACCUGCGGAAAUGGUUAGAACCUGAAAAACUUGCACAGUGCCAAAAAUCAUGGAAGGCAGGUGAAGAGCCCAAAAUAGCUUCUGCUAUUAUUGAGCUUUUCCAUCUGCUUCCCUCAGCAGCUGGGAAGUUUCUUGAUGAGCUUGUGACACUGACAAUAGAUUUGGAAGCUGCACUUCCACCUGGGCAGUUUUAUAGUGAGAUUAACAGUCCGUAUCGGCUCCCACUAACCAAAUUUUUGAAUAGAUAUCCUACAGCUUCUGUUGAAUACUUUCUUGCUCGACUAUGUCUGCCAAAGUACUUCAGACGGUUUAUGUACAUAAUAAGGUCAGAUGCUGGCCAGCCGUUGCGAGAAGAACUAGCAAAGUCACCUGAAAAGAUAAUUGCAAGUGCCUUUGCAGAAUUUGCUCCAAAAACUGAUGCUGGAACUGUACAAGAACCUGCUAAUAGACAAAACACUUUGGUGGGCAAUGAAGCUGUUUCAACUCAUCAAAUGGAGACUUCUAUUCCUGCAACUUCAACUUCAGGUGGCAUGCAAGAUGCUUACUUCCAAGGUCUUGCUUUGGUCAAGACUUUGGUCAAAUUGAUGCCUACAUGGUUGCAGAACAACCGCAUUGUUUUUGAUACGCUGGUUUUAAUGUGGAAAUCACCUGCAAGGAUUUCACGGCUACAAAAUGAACAAGAGCUAAACUUGGUGCAAGUCAAGGAGAGCAAAUGGCUUGUCAAAUGCUUCCUGAAUUACUUGCAACAUGAAAAGGCUGAAAUGAAUGUUCUGUUUGAUAUCCUCUCUAUCUUCUUGUUUCGUACUCGCAUAGACUUUACUUUCCUUAAGGAAUUCUACAUUAUAGUGGUUGCUGAGAGCUAUCCACCCGACAUGAAGAAAACUUUGCUCCUCCACUUCCUGAACCUUUUCCAGUCAAAGCAACUCGGUCAUGAUCAUUUGGUUGUCAUUAUACAAAUGCUUGUUCUUCCAAUGCUUGCUCAUGCCUUUCAGAAUGGUCAAACAUGGGAAGUUGUUGAUUCUGCUAUAGUAAAGACUAUUGUUGACAAGCUUCUAGAUCCUCCCGAAGAGGUGUCUGCUGAUUAUGAUGAGCCAUUGAGGAUAGAGCUUCUACAACUUGCGACUUUGCUUCUCAAGCAUCUUCAGACUGAUCUUGUUCAUCAUCGAAAGGAGCUUAUUAAAUUUGGUUGGAAUCAUCUUAAACGUGAAGAUAGUGCUAGUAAGCAGUGGGCAUUUGUAAAUGUUUGUCACUUCUUGGAGGCUUAUCAAGCCCCAGAGAAGAUUAUUCUUCAGGUUUUUGUUGCACUCCUUAGAACAUGCCAGCCAGAGAACAAACUAUUGGUCAAACAGGCACUUGAUAUACUUAUGCCUGCACUUCCGCGAAGGUUGCCUCUUGGUGAAUCCCGGAUGCCUAUCUGGAUACGUUACACAAAAAAGAUCCUUGUCGAGGAAGGUCAUUCUAUUCCUAACCUGAUACACAUAUUCCAGCUUAUUGUUCGCCAUUCAGAUCUUUUCUACAGCUGCAGAGCUCAAUUUGUUCCUCAGAUGGUCAACUCCUUAAGCCGCCUUGGAUUGCCAUUUACCACGACGGCUGAAAACAGACGACUUGCUAUUGAACUUGCUGGGUUGGUAGUGAAUUGGGAAAGGCAUAGGCAAAGUGAAAUGAAAGUAGUGCUUAAUCAUGAUUCUGGUCUGGCUUCUGAUGGAAUGAAUCAUGUUUCCGUGGAUUCCAAGCAUCCUGCAGAUGGAUCAUCAUUUUCAGAAGAUCCUAAUAAGCGAGUAAAGGUUGAGCCUGGUCUGCAGUCCCUAUGUGUCAUGUCACCAGGUGGUGCCUCAUCAAUUCCUAACAUUGAAACACCAGGAUCAGCUGGGCAACCUGAUGAAGAGUUUAAACCAAAUGCAGCAAUGGAGGAAAUGAUAAUAAAUUUCCUUAUACGUGUAGCCUUGGUGAUAGAACCAAAGGAUAAAGAGGCUAGUGUGAUGUACAAACAGGCUUUGGAUCUCCUAUCACAAGCUUUGGAAGUAUGGCCCAAUGCCAAUGUAAAAUUCAAUUACCUAGACAAGCUUCUUAGAAGUAUUCCUCCUGCUCAGUCAAAGGAUCCAUCAACAGCUCUUUCCCAAGGGCUUGAUGUGAUGAACAAAGUUUUGGAGAAACAACCUCAUCUCUUUGUCCGAAAUAAUAUCAACAACAUCUCACAAAUUUUAGAACCAUGCUUCAAGUUUAAAUUGCUAGAUGCUGGAAAGUCGUUAUGUUCCUUGUUGAAGAUGGUGUCUCUUGCUUUUCCUCCAAACGCAUCUAAUACUCCACAAGAAGUGCGGAUGCUAUAUCAAAAAAUGGAGGAGCUCAUACAGAAGCACCUUGCAGUGGUUGCAGUGCCUCAGGCAUCAGGAGAAGACAAUUCAGGAAGCAUGAUUAGCUUUGUGCUUUAUGUAAUCAAAACACUGGUGGAAGUGCACAAAAAUUUCAUUGAUCCAACUACUCUGGUACAUGUUCUACAACGUUUGGCUCGAGAUAUGGGUUCUUCUAUUGGUUCUCACGUGAGACAGGGUCAGAGAUCAGAUCCAGAUUCUGCAGUCACUUCGUCCCGUCAAGGAGCUGAUGUUGGAGUAGUAAUUGCAAAUCUGAAAUCUGUUUUGAGUUUGAUUAGUGAAAGGGUCAUGUCAGUUCCAGAGUGCAAACGAUCUGUAACUCAAACAUUGACUUCCUUGCUCUCAGAAAAGGGAACUGACCCCUCUGUCUUGCUCUGCAUACUUGAUGUAGUAAAAGGAUGGAUUGAAGAUGAUUUUGGUAGAUCUGGUACUGCUGCAUCUAAUACUUGUCUGACUCAGAAGGAUGUGGUUUCUUUCAUUCAAAAGCUUUCUCAAGUCGAUAAGCAGAACUUCUCCAGUGCUGUGGAUGAGUGGGAUCAGAAAUAUCUCACACUUCUUUAUGGACUUUGUGCUGACUCAAACAAGUAUCCUCUCUCUUUGCGUCAAGAAGUUUUCCAAAAAGUAGAGAGACAAUUUUUGCUUGGUUUACGGGCAAAGGAUCCUGAAAUGCGGAUGAGGUUCUUCUCUCUUUAUCACGAAUCUCUGGGAAAGACCCUCUUCUUUAGAUUGCAGUAUAUUAUCCAAUUGCAGGACUGGGAGGCAUUGAAUGAUGUGUUUUGGCUUAAGCAAGGUCUUGAUCUUCUCCUGGCCAUUUUAGUUGAAGAUAAGCCCAUUACACUGGCUCCAAAUUCUGCGAAGGUUCCUUCACUGAUGUUAUCUGCUUCAGUUGCUGAUAGUACUGCUGCACAACCAAUGACCUUGGACGUCACAGAAGGUUCUGAAGAGGCUCCCUUGACUUUUGAUGGUCUCGUCUCAAAGCAUGCACAAUUUUUGAAUGAAAUGAGCAAGCUUAAGGUUGCUGAUCUAGUUCUUCCACUGAGAGAGCUGGCACAUACAGAUGCAAACGUUGCAUACCACCUUUGGGUUCUGGUGUUUCCCAUUGUGUGGGUAACCUUGCACAAAGAAGAGCAGGUAGCUCUUGCUAAGCCAAUGAUAACUUUGUUGUCAAAAGAUUAUCACAAAAGGCAGGCUAUGCAGCGACCAAAUGUUGUUCAAGCUCUUUUAGAAGGACUUCAGCUAAGCCAUCCUCAACCAAGAAUGCCCAGUGAGCUCAUCAAAUAUAUAGGAAAGACUUAUAAUGCAUGGCAUAUUGCUUUGGCAUUGUUGGAAAGUCAUGUGAUGCUAUUCAUAAAUGAUACCAAGUGCGCUGAGUCUUUGGCUGAGCUUUACCGUUCACUCAACGAAGAAGAUAUGCGGUGUGGACUAUGGAAAAAGCGGUCAGUUUCAGCAGAAACACAGGCUGGGCUCUCACUCAUGCAGCAUGGGUAUUGGCAGCGUGCUCAAAGCCUUUUUCACCAAGCCAUGCUCAAGGCAACUCAAGGCACUUAUAACAAUAAUGUUCCUAAAGCAGAGAUGUGUCUGUGGGAAGAGCAGUGGCUAUCUUGUGCUUCCCAACUCAGUCAAUGGGAUGCACUGGUAGACUUUGGGAAGUCGGUUGAGAAUUAUGAGAUAUUACUCGAUAGCCUGUGGAAGCAGCCUGACUGGGCGUAUUUGAAAGAUCACGUUAUUCCAAAGGCUCAAGUUGAGGAGACCCCAAAACUACGUAUAAUACAAGCCUAUUUUGCUCUUCAUGAAAAGAACACCAAUGGAGUGGCAGAGGCUGAAAGCAUUGUGGGUAAAGGUGUUGAUCUUGCUCUGGAUCAAUGGUGGCAGUUGCCUGAUAUGUCUAUUCAUUCAAGAAUUCCUCUUUUACAGCAAUUCCAACAACUAGUCGAAGUUCAGGAAUCAUCUCGCAUCAUUGUUGACAUUGGCAAUGGAAACAAAAACCCAGGAAAUGCUGUUGUUGGUGUGCAUGGUGCUGCAUAUGCAGAUCUGAAGGAUAUCCUUGAGACAUGGAGACUUAGGACUCCUAAUGAAUGGGACAACUUGUCUGUAUGGUAUGAUUUGUUCCAAUGGAGGAAUGAAAUGUAUAAUGCAGUCAUUGAUGCAUUUAAGGAUUUCGGUUCUACAAAUUCACAAUUACAUCAUCUUGGGUAUCGUGAUAAGGCAUGGAAUGUUAAUAGACUUGCCCACAUCGCUCGCAAACAAGGGCUUUAUGAUGUCUGCGUGUCUAUUCUGGAGAAAUUGUAUGGGCAUUCAACUAUGGAAGUUCAGGAAGCCUUUGUGAAAAUUAGGGAACAAGCCAAAGCUUAUUUGGAAAUGAAAGGAGAGCUAACUAGCGGUCUUAAUUUGAUCAACAGUACUAAUCUGGAAUAUUUUUCUAUCAAACACAAAGCUGAAAUUUAUCGUCUUAAGGCUGAUUUCUUGUUGAAGCUUAAUGAUUGUGAAGGGGCAAACCUUUCAUAUUCAAAUGCUAUAUCCCUUUUCAAGAAUUUGCCAAAAGGAUGGAUUAGCUGGGGCAAUUUUUGUCACAUGGCUUACAAAGAUGCCCAAGAGGAGAUAUGGCUGGAGUAUGCAGUCAGCUGCUUUCUACAAGGGAUCAAAUUUGGCAGCCCUAACUCUAGAAGUCACCUUGCUCGAGUUUUAUAUCUUCUCAGCUUUGACUCUGCAAAUAAGCCUGUAGGAAGAGCAUUCGAUAAGUACUUUGACCAAAUACCUGACUGGGUUUGGCUUUCUUGGAUUCCCCAGCUGCUUCUUUCCUUACAAAGGAACGAGGCUCCCCAUUGCAAGCUUGUUCUAUUGAGAGUUGCUUCUAUGUAUCCACAGGCGUUAUAUUAUUGGUUACGCACAUAUUUACUUGAACGCCGUGAUGUUGCAAAUAAAUCUGAAAAUAAUAGUAGAAUGGCAAUGGCCCAACAAAGGAUGCAUCACAAUAUCUCUGCUGCCAAUGUGACUGCACCUAUGGGGUUAGCUGAUGGAAAUGCAAGAGUAACUGGCCAGACUAGCAGUUCAUUCACAGACAAUAAUGUUUCUCAAGGAACUCAGGCUGGUGGAGGGAUAGGAUCUAAUGAUGCUAGUAGCUCUCAGAUUCAGGAACCUGAAAGGUCAACCAAUGUUGAAGCUGGCGGUAUGCUUUCUGGAACUGACUCAUCCUUGCACCAGAGUUCAACUUCGGGUGAUGGUCAGAAUUCGAUAAGACGUAAUACCACCUUAGGCCUGGUUCCUUCUGCUGCUAGUGCUUUUGAAGCUGCAAAAGAUAUAAUGGAGACCUUGAGAAGUAAACAUACCAAUCUGGCCAGUGAACUUGAGAUUUUGCUCACGGAAAUCGGUUCAAGGUUUGUCACUUUACCAGAAGAGAGAUUGCUGGCUGUUGUUAAUGCUUUGCUCCACCGAUGUUAUAAGUACCCAACUGCAACAAUAGCUGAAGUUCCAAUGUCUUUAAAGAAGGAGCUGUCUGGUGUCUGUAGGGCAUGCUUCUCUGCAGAAGCCGUGAACAAACAUGUGGAAUUUGUAAGGGAGUACAAAAACGAGUUUGAACGAGAUCUUGAUCCUGAUAGUACAGCUACAUUCCCAGCGACACUCUCUGAUCUGACAGAACGGUUGAAGCACUGGAAAAAUGUUCUGCAAAGCAAUGUUGAAGACCGUUAUCCAGCUGUUCUGAAGCUUGAAGAGGAGAGCAGGGUGUUACGAGACUUUCACGUUGUUGAUGUGGAGGUUCCAGGACAAUAUUUUACUGACCAGGAAGUAGCACCUGAUCAUACGGUGAAGCUGGACAGGGUGGCAGCUGACAUUCCAAUUGUUCGGAGGCAUGGUGGCAGUUUCCGGCGCUUGUCGCUGAUUGGGUCUGAUGGUUCACAACGCCAUUUCAUUGUCCAAACAUCACUGACACCUAAUGCUAGAAGUGAUGAACGAAUCUUGCAACUUUUCCGUGUUAUGAACAGAAUGUUUGACAAGCACAAGGAAUCAAGAAAGAGACACAUAUGUAUUCACACACCAAUUAUCAUACCUGUGUGGUCACAGGUUCGCAUGGUGGAAGAUGAUGUGAUGUACAGCACAUUCCUUGAGGUGUAUGAGAACCAUUGUGCUAGAAAUGAUCGAGAGGCAGACCAACCGGUAACGUUUUUCAAGGAGCAGCUUAACCAAGCAAUAUCUGGUCAAAUGCCAGCAGAUGCUGUUGUUGAGCUUCGCCUUCAAGCAUACAGUGAGAUAACAAAGACUUUAGUGACUGACAGCAUAUUUUCACAGUAUAUGUACAAAACCCUGUUGAGCGGAAACCACAUGUGGACAUUCAAAAAGCAGUUUGCUAUUCAGUUAGCACUCUCUAGCUUCAUGACUUUCAUGCUCCAAAUCGGAGGCCGGGUCCCAAACAAGAUAUUGUUUGCUAAAAACACCGGGAAAAUAUUCCACUCUGAUUUCCACCCUGCAUAUGAUUCUAAUGGAAUGAUUGAAUACAAUGAACCUGUGCCCUUCCGGUUGACCAGGAACUUGCAAUCUUUUUUCUCCCAUUUUGGUGUGGAAGGACUCAUCGUGUCUUCUAUGUGUGCAACAGCACAAGCUGUGGUUUCACCUAAACAAAUCCAGCAUCUAUGGUACCAUUUAGCGAUGUUCUUCCGUGAUGAACUGCUAUCUUGGUCUUGGAGAAGGCAGCUUGGAAUGCCCGUGGGUCCUGUUGCUGGUGCAGGUAAUCUUAACCCGGCUGAGCUCAAGCAGAAGAUCACCACAAAUGUUGAGCAUGUGAUAGGCCGGGUCAAUGUAAUAGCACCACAGUACAUCUCCGAAGAGGAGGAGAACACGAUGGAUCCUCCACAAUCUGUGCAGAGGGGGGUAUCUGAUUUGGUUGAUGCUGCCCUUAGUUCGAGGAAUUUAUGCAUGAUGGACCCGACAUGGCAUCCCUGGUUUUGAUUCAUUUUUGCUAACGGCAUCCUUUAAUAUACUCUACAUUCAUGCCAGGUGGAUGAUAUAACCAACUUCUCAUGUAAAUUACUGUGUAGCUAAUUAUGUGGCUGUUUAACUUAUACUGUUAAUACUUGGCAUGGUAAUCAGUGUAUAUGAAUAUAUAUUGGGAUGAAUAUAAUCAAGUUUCAUGGUAAAGUCUGAGUUUCAUACUUAAACAAAGACAUUUCAGCGAAUGAUAUGGAAGUAUGGAGUAUGAAAUAUAUAUUGGGACAUGAUCGCACUCUGAGUAGCUCCACGCAAUCCUGCUGUUGGUCAACACAAAAUCUGACUCAUUGUCACGUACAACUCUAAUAUUGAUUGUUUAUAUUAAAG